AUGCUCCGAUCACUGCAAACUUCGGUGAGAGAAGUAUCACAACUAAAACGGGGCGUGACUAAUGCAUUGCUGUUCCAAGUUCAACUAGAAACGACUUUGAACCAAGCAUGCCUUCGGGAUCUGCGUACCACCGAUCCUGGCGAUGAUAAGAAGCGGAUCACGAAAACCAACGGAGGACUGCUCAAAGACUCAUAUUGUUGGAUCUUAGACAACGAGGAGUUCAAACAAUGGCAACACAAUCAGACUAAUCGUGUCCUCUGGAUUAGAGGUGAUCCUGGUAAAGGCAAGACAAUGCUGCUAUGCGGUAUCAUUGACGAGUUAACACAAUUGCAUGGGAGCGCUGCGAAUAUCUCGUUCUUUUUUUGCCAGGCUACCGACGUACGGAUCAACAAUGCCACGUCCGUACUCCGGGGCUUGAUAUAUUCACUUGUCGAGAAGAGCCCGUCUCUCCUCCCCUAUGUGCGGGCUCGAUACGACAAAGCGGGCAAGGCCUUAUUUAAGGAUAUCAAUACGUGGAGUGCACUCUUGACCAUCUUUACGGGCAUUUUGAAAGACCCGUCUCUAAACAAUGCCUAUCUCAUUAUUGAUGCAUUAGAUGAGUGCAUAUACGGUCUUCGUUCCCUUCUAGACUUGGUUUUGCAGGAGUCAUCAGCUCACCCACAGAUAAAGUGGAUCGUCUCUAGCCGCAAUUGGCCUAAAAUCAUUAAGCGUCUUGAUAUUGCAACCCAAGUGGCUCCAAUUUCAUUAGAGCUAAACGAUGCAUCUAUAUCCGAAGCCGUGAAUAAGUAUAUUCGAUACAAAGUCGAUGCUCUGGCAAAGGUCAAAAAAUAUAAAGACAACACCCGUGAGACGAUAUAUCGCUACCUCUUAUCAAAUUCGUAA